GUGGGAUGAGCUCGGAUUUUCUUGACACCGGGGAGCCCGCAAUAAAGACAUAGGCGAGAGGUCAUUCUUUUAUGUCGUUCCUGCGGGGUGAGGCGAGUUCAGCCGAUUUGCAUAGGCUCAGGUUCUGAAGAGCCGGGAGGAGCUGAAUCGGAUCUGAGAGGUGCAACCAUAAUCGGUGGGCGAGGGGAACCUGGCCUCGGCCCAACUCAGCGCUUGGCCCGACAAGAGAGAAAGGACGUAGGCAAUUUUGGCGCUAUCAUGGACAAAGCUUUGCGGAGAGUGAUUAAAAAUUAUGUAACAUUGUAAAAUAAAACCUUUGCAUUUGUCCAAAUCCCCAGAAAAUCUUUCUGGCGUCGGUGGGUGGAUCUCCGAAAACGUGGAACGGACUGGAGGAUCUGGAUCUGGAGCUGGGGUAGGUUCGGGAGCUGGAGACUGUGGAACAGAGUUUUGCAAAAAAUUAAUUAAUUCGUUCAACCAUCGAUUGGUCUCGAUCUGAUGGGUAUUAAGUUCCUGGAGGGCUGAUUCAUGGGAUUGUAAUAGUGCAUGUUGCUCUGUAAGAGUUUUCCUAAUGGCGUCUGCUGGGCUAGGAUUUUGGCCUGAGUGUUCUGUCAUGUUGGGGUCUACUUUUCUUGCCCACAUGCAGAACACCACAAGGAAAUGGAUAAUCAGUAAAAAUGGUUUAUUGAAUAAUCAGAAAAUCAGCAGAGGUGCGUCUGCUCCAGGAAAUACGGCUCUCAGGAAAUGCGGCACACUAUGGAGGCAACAGAGAGAAGCUCCAAUGACGGUGAAGGAAGUGCUACAGAGCCUGGUGGAUGACAACAUGGUGGACUGCGAACGAAUCGGCACCUCCAAUUACUACUGGGCUUUUCCCAGUAAGGCCUUACAUGCUCGCAAGCACAAACUGGAGGAGCUGAAGAAACAGGCUUCUGAUGCAAAGCAGCGAAAAGUUUCUGUAGAGAAAACAGUGGAAAAGUCAAAAGUGGGACGAGAAGGAACGAAAGAAAGAAGCUCCCUGCUGAAGCAGCUGCAGUCUCUGAGGGAAGAGCGAACGAAUCUGCAAGCCGAGCUGGAGAAGUACCGCGAGUGUGACCCAGACGUCAUCAAAGCGAUGAGAAAGUCAAAUGUUGUAGCAAAAGAAGCUGUCUCCAGGUGGACAGACAAUGUUUUUGCUAUCAAGUCUUGGACAAAAAAGAAGUUUUCUUUUGAUGACAGCCGCAUCAACAAGGCCUUUGGCAUCCCUGAGGACUUUGACUACAUGGACUGAUUGGGAUAUCCUCCACAGAGGGAAAAAUGUUUAUUAGAGAUUUUGUUUGAACCCAGUUUUCCUGGUGACUUAAUUCCAAGGUUUUGCUGUGUUCCCUGGAGCAAAGAUGAUGCAGCAGGAUUCAGUUGGCGAAAUCACAAACGUCUUGAAGAGAGACGUUUGUGAUUUCGCUAACCCAGAUGGAUUCAUCAGUAGAGACGGUGCAUAGGUGCAACUGGAAAAGACAGUCAAGCAUUAGUAAUUGAGUAGUGGCAGGGUUGGGGGGCAUCUUGUGAUUAAAUAAGUAAGCAGACUGUAAACAGGUGUAUGUAAGCACCUGUUUGAAUGAAAACUGAUGAUGGAAAAGAAUCAACACUCAUUGCAUCUGGAUCUUCAAUUGGAGCAUUUACAUGUCUUCUACAGAUGAAUUGGGAUCAAGUACUAGUGUACUGUUCCUCUUAGAUUUUCCAUUUUAGUCACCUUUGAGCAGCCUUGAUUUAAUGCAGUUGGACAAAUACCAGAGUAAAAUGUUGAAGAAAAGUUUAAGUAAUAGUUUUGUAAAUAUUUACUACUUCAGGUGCAAUAAAGUUAUUUCAUUACAAAAAAAGUGAGCAUGAGUUGCAUAGUCUUUGUACCAGCUGAGGUUAUCACUGUUUAAAUUUUGGAUACUUUGUUUUUUUUACACCAGAUUUUCCAUUUUAUGUCUAUGCAAAAUCUGUCAUUAAAGCAUUUCUUCUACCA